AUGGCUGCCGUGCCGCAGAGGACCCUCAACUGGCUAUACAGUAUCCUGGUCAGGGAUCAUCACGACCCCAGGCAAACAUACCAGGACCCCAACCGGACCUACUAUGAUGUCGCCAAUGUGCUUGCUCAAUACCCCUCCCUGGGUCCACGGACCGAAGUUUACACUUACGAGACCGGCUUCUCCGCCCUGCUCCUCCAGCUAUCCGGCACGUUGCCCGUGACGUUUCGCGGCACCGUCUACAAGUUUCCUAUCACACUAUGGAUCCCAAACACCUACCCUCGAGAGCCCCCAAUGGUCUACGUGACGCCAACACAAGACAUGGCUGUGCGCGUAGGACAACAUGUAACGUUGGAAGGGAGGAUCUACCAUCACUACUUAGCACACUGGGCCGGAGCAUGGGAGCGAUCGUCUCUGAGUGACCUUCUCCUGAUACUACGCGAGGUGUUCGCCAAGGAGCCGCCGGUGAAAUACAAACAGCAGCAACCCGCAGAACAGCGACCGCCCCAGCCAGCCCAGGCGCAUGGACAGGCACCUCCGCCACUACCUCCUUUGCCCCCAGAGCUCAAUUCGUCACCUAGCCGCCCCCAGACAACACAUGGCACUCCAACCGCGUCGCCGCAGACGAAUGCACAACUGCCUCCGCCGCCGCCUCCAAAGCCGGGCCAAACGCCGGUUGAGCCGCAACCGCAACGGACUCCGUCAGCAGGGCGAUACAAUUCUCCCCCACCAAUCCCUCCCCUACCACCAAAAGAACAAGAUCCUCGACGAUUGCCUUUCCAGCCUCAAGCAAGUGUCGGUAGCCCUGGGGUUGGACCAUCGCAGUACCCACCCGAGCGCAGCGGAAAUCCUGGGACCUCGAGUCAGUAUCAGCUGCCUCAUCAAUCGCACCAUGGACCCCAGCCAGCGCCUGCAUACCCGCAUGGAUCAGCUCAGUUUCAGCCAAUGCGCGGCACCCCUGUAAACCCUACACAUGACCUUGGGCGGGGAACUCAGCAACGAGCCCCGGCUUACUACCCCGUGCAACAAGCUCCUCACCCAACCUACCAACGACCCCCACCGCACCAGGCACCGUCUCAAGCUUCUUCCCAUUCUGGGCUUCCGCAAGCACAACAGCCAGCUGUUUCCAAGACCCUUGCCGAAACACUCCAGGGCAACGUCACACAGACCGAGUCUGCUGCUCAGUCUUUGCUUUCACAGUCCCACUCCCUGCACGCGGCGAUCGCCACCCUACAAGGCGAGAUCUCGUCGCUGAACACCCUUAAUUCAACCCUCCAGUCGAACAACUCGGUCCUGAAGCAAUCCCUCCACCGCGCAGACGGCGUGAUUGCAGACGCCCAAAGCCGCAUCUCGGCAUCCGCAGCCCCAUCGUCCAGCACCGACCCCGCAGCUUCAGGGCUGCCCCCGAUCGACGAAGUCCUCGUCGCCCCCACGGUCGUUGGCAAGCAAUUGUACGACCUAGUUGCCGAAGAACGCGGCAUCCAGCAGGCAAUUUACGCCCUACAGGCUGCGUUGGUCAAGGGCGUCAUUGGUGUGGAGACAUGGUCGCGUCACACGCGUGGGCUCGCGCGCGAGGCGUUCCUGAAAAGAGCUCUGAUCCGGAAAAUCGGAAAGGGCAUGGGCUUGGAAGAAUAUCCCUUCUAG